GUCGUAGCAUAAAACAAACGGUCGGGUUAUGGAUCGCAGAGCAACUGCAGCGCCGAACAAAACUGGGGUAUUAUCCGUCUAAGUGCAAGUGGGUUUUUGAAGAGUUUUGAGUUGAUUUUGUGAAUUUUUUUGUGGACUUUUUCAAAGAGAAAAUAUGAAAAGCAUACUGGUAUUUUCGAUCCUGUGUCUCGUCGGCCAAAAAGUCAAUGCAUGGGGAGGACUGUUCAACAGAUUUUCUCCAGAAAUGUUGGCUAACAUGGGAUACGGAGGACAUGGAGGAGGUGGGGGAUUAAUGAGAAACGACGGGGAUGAAAAUGCCCUGGAGGAACCCCUAGGCGAAGGCGGCGACGAUGAUCCGUGUUAUAUGAAAGCCUGUUCAGCCAACGAAUAUUGUUGCCCUAAUCAAAUUUGUGUCGACGUUGAUGGAAUUCACGGCACUUGUCUGUACUUUUUCGGUCGUCGAGUGGGAGAACUAUGCAGACGGGAUAAUGACUGCGAAUCAGGCCUGGUAUGCGCGGAAGCUCAAGCUGGUGUAUCCACGAGAGUGUGCAGGCCACCACUUCGACAGGACAAGCAAUAUUCAGAACCAUGCAACAUGUCGAGCGAAUGUGAUAUUUCCAGAGGACUGUGUUGCCAGUUGCAAAGACGUCAUCGGCAAGCACCGAGAAGGGUUUGCUCCUAUUUCAAGGAUCCACUUGUCUGCGUCGGUCCAGUAGCUGCGGAUCAAGUGAAAAACACCAUCGAACACACAGCUGGAGAGAAGAGGUUAACAUCUCUGGGUAGCUUUAAAAGACCCAUGCACUAAACUAAUUUCAAAUUGUUGUAAAACAAACACACUCAGUAACGUACUGUUCCAAUUGAGAAACGUAGAUUUUCUUCCUAACUGGAAACAUGCGUUUUGUGUUUCUAGGUUGGAUUGAGUUGGAUUCUUUCUGAGACAUACAUAUCCUGCUCAUUGGUUACAUCUUUACGAUAUAUAACUCUCUUAAAACGUAACAUGAAUGCUAAACGUAGGUAUAAUAAAAAAAAUAGACUCUGUCAAUGACAGACUAAAAUUUGUCAUUGACAGGACUUCGUAGAUAAAAAAUCUAUUGCGGCAGAUCAGUCAUUAGUUCAGGUCAUCGCCUACUUAUUGCAAUUCUUAACCAAAUGCAUUCGUGAUGCAAUGUUUGCAUUUAACAAUAGAAUCUUAACACCUAUAAGUAAGAUUUGGCUAGAUAUGUAUGUCCCUCUCUUUCUCAAUAAAUGUGUACGUGUCUAAUAUAUAACAAGUUACUUGGUACGAAUUACUGAUAUCAUUACAUCUUUUCUCAAUUUCCUUGGUUGAGUUUGAGCCCUCCGAAGUAAUUCGUAUCACGUCCACUAAUUGUAAGAGAGUUGGCACAACACGAGUGCUUGGAAAAAGCUUAUUAAUUGCAAAAGUUAAACUUUUGAACUAUUUUGAUCUAUCGUCAAUGUUUGCAGAAAAUAUUUGAUUAAAUACAAUUGAAAAAACAAUGGAACAUCAUAGAAACUUGAUGAAGACUUACAAGAACAACAAGUACUGGUCAAAUAAACAUUUUGGAAAGUUUACCUUUUUAAAAUAGUUGGCCUUUUUUUCUGAACUCCUGCCAGGCUCUCGAUAAUCUUAGAAUAAUGGGUUGUUUUAUGUAUACUUGUUUAUUGGCUGAGGUAUUUAAUAUCUAGAUUAAGAUUCCAAUCAAAGUUUUUGGCCUAGGUGAACUGUAGUUUUAUAGAAAAAUCUCAAACGCAUUUAGUUGCGUUUAUAAAUGUCUACUACCUAAUUGUAUAGAACGCACAGGUUAUAUUUUACAGAUUUCUCGACUUUUUGACUUCUAUCUGUGAUGAUUUGACGUGAGAGGCGUCCAAAGUCUCUUUUGAAAAUUUGUAAAUGUGUUAAGGUGCUUUGAGUUCGAAAGUUAGCUGUCUUUUCGAAGCAUUAAUUUGUCAAAAACAUAGUUAUAGUAUAAACCAAUAAGCGCUUACCUCAGGAAUAUUUGUCUUGUAGAGGUAAAAUGAAGAGUUAUAUUUUUAUUGUUCGUCAGAGAUAAAAGAUUUUGUUUUGUGAGAAUAUCGCUAAAUAUUAUAUUUUUGAUACAUUAAUAAAUAUACAGAUUGGGCAAGCUAGUUUUUGAAUAACAUAUUGACAUUUAUUUAUCGGAUUCACUGUGUUCAGAAGAGCCUUUGGAAAUUUAGAUUAGGGUGCAAGUAUAUUAAAGAUGAUAAGAGAUUGAUACAUAUCAUACUAUACAUAUCAUAUUAACUAUAUCGAUGUUAUUCUACAUUAUAAAAUUAAUAUUUAAUAAAUGUCUACCAGCAAU